CCUGCCCGCGCUAAACAGAAUGUUUGUAGCUGUUUUGACGUAAACUUCCCUGCCCAGAAUGCAACUGUAACAUUCUGCAACAUUCCGGGCGAACUUACAAACCACCGGAACCAACAAAAGCUGUUCCCCCCAUCUUUCUGUUAGUCUUUCGAACACGAGUGCUACGUGAACAACGAAUGCGUUGUUCCAACUAGCGGAGCGUGCACACAGUCCCCGUAGUCGUGACCUUCGUUCGACGAAGCAUUCUAUUGCCAACAGCAUUGCGCGUGAGUAACCACCAUGAGGAACUAUGUACCAGACUUAAUCAUUUGUUUUAUCGUUAUCGUUUCGAUAACGACCGUACGGAUAGUAUCGCAGAUCCUACACGAAACACUUAGCGAUGGGCCCGAUCUCAGUGCGCCGCCACCGGAAGGAAGUGCACCCCAGGUGGAACUUUCACUCAGCCAACUCAUCGAUAGAAAGUCCAAGGAGUACUCGUGGCUCCUACGGUUGAUGGUGAACGUGUUUGGAUACCUGUGCAUCUUCGUGCCGGGUGUGCUGAUCUACAAGUACUCCAAACGCAGCAAAUAUCUCGAACGCUCUGAACGAUCGCAUCUUUCAUCGUUGGUAAAGUUUUGCUUCUCGGGAACCGAUGGAACCGAUCGGUCGCUCGACGGAGGAAGCCAAUCCGGGGGCAAAGUAAAGCGCACAACGACCCAGGAGUGUAUCCUCCUGUGCUACUGCCUGUUCGGUCUCAUGGGAUCGUAUCUUACCUGGGGUGUGCUGCAGGAAAAGAUCAUGACGCAGGAGUACGAAGGGCCGGAAAAGCGAAAAUCGCACUUCAAGGACUCCCAGUUCCUGGUGUUCUCGAACCGGGUACUCGGUUUCAUGAUAACCGCCGUGUACCUGGUGGUCAAGCGCCAAUUUCGCCACCGGGCACCGCUGUACAAGUACUCGUACGCUUCCUUUUCGAACAUCAUGAGCGCCUGGUUCCAGUACGAGGCGCUCAAGUUCGUCAACUUUCCCACCCAGGUGUUGGCCAAAUCGUGCAAAAUCAUACCGGUGAUGAUGAUGGGCAAGAUAAUCUCGCGCAAUAAGUACGAAUUCUACGAGUACCUUACGGCGAUCAUGAUCUCCGUAGGGAUGAUCUUCUUCCUCACCGGUUCGGCGGACGAAUCGAAAGCGUCCGCCAUGACUACGCUGACCGGGGUGCUGCUGCUGACGUUCUACAUGAUCUUCGAUAGCUUCACGUCGAACUGGCAGGGCGAGCUGUUCAAGUCGUACUCGAUGUCGUCCAUCCAGAUGAUGUGCGGCGUGAAUCUGUUCAGUACGCUGUUCACGGGCGCCUCGCUCGCCAUGCAGGGCGGAUUCUACAGCUCGCUCGUGUUUGCCGUCGAUCAUCCGAAGUUUGUGAUCGACUGUGUGAUCCUGUCGAUUUCUUCCGCCAUCGGCCAGCUGUUUAUCUUCUACACCAUUGCGACGUUUGGUGCGGUUGUGUUCACGAUCAUCAUGACGCUCCGGCAGGCCAUUGCCAUACUGCUGUCGUGUCUCAUCUAUCAGCAUCGGAUCUCGUUCCUCGGUGUGAUCGGUGUGCUGAUCGUGUUCCUAGCCAUAUUUCUGCGAGUCUACUGUAAUCAACGGUUGAAGGCAAUCAAACAACGGCAUCAAGCCGCGCCCGGUGGUACUAGUGGUGUUUCGGCCAAACCACGCAUCAACGUCUAACCACGUGCGGUGGUGCGGACUGUUUUACUUAAGUAAUUGCUACGGCAGUUGGACAGGAAUUGCAUUUAAAUGCCUAACAAUUGUUGACGAACAAAGGUGUUCAUUCACGGCGGUUGUAGAUUUAUUUAUAGAUCCAGUUGAGCUUAAACUAAUUUGGUAUGGUAACAAUUGACCAAAGCGCUGAAUGCUGCACAGUUCGGAUACCUGUCCUCUUUGAUAGAUGUUUCCUGUACCAGAAUCUUCUUUUUCGAUUGAAUGAAAUAUUGCGCCAACUAUAACAUCCUCGAAUUGUGAUAUCCACUAUCGAUUGAGUUUUCCCCUGCUUAUAUUCCACCGGACGUGACCAGCGGUAUAGGUUAAAAAUAUAUAUUUUUAUGCUUACGUAUACUACUAUCGACCAUGCUAGACGAAGCGUGAGUAAUCUGUAAUUAAGUUGCAAUAGCCAGAACCGAAUCGAACGUUUUAAACGCUUAGAUGCUUGUUAAUCAACCAAAAAAUGAAAAAUAAACUGAUUGUGAGUUGCAAAUAUGUGUGUAGUGUUCGUAUGAUGGUUAAUAAAAACGC